AUGACGCACCCAGAGAAGACAUAUCCCGAGCCCCCCUCUCGAGCCGAUUCUGCUUGGGACAAUGUUGGCAUCAGAAACCUCGACGGCCGAGUAUCUUCCUCAUACCCUCAACAACCCAAAGCUCCCCUCAUCAAUUACGUGACAAAUGCCUGGAUGGCCUCAGUUCCUAAAUACAGCAAGUCCGGGACAAAUAUGAAGGCCGACUGUCCCAGCAAAUGGCCUGCACGCACCAGUGACCUCCGCAAGCUAGCUACCGCCCCGCGAUUCCGUCGUUAUAUUAUCGUCUAUUUCAUUUUACUAUGGAUAUGUCUGGGUAGCUGGUUAGGAUUUUUUUGUCCUCGUUUAAAAGAGAACAGUCAGCUCUUAGACUCGCUCUCCUUGAUGACAAAAGGGAAGAUGGGAGGCUGGUUUGGUUCGAAUUCCAUGCCCAAGUUCAAUGACUUGGUUUAUAUAAGAUCGCUGGACCCGACACUGCUACCCAGUGAUGGAAAAACAACCCCGGACAACCCGCAUCGUAAACGUCUAAUCGUCUUGGGCGAUGUCCAUGGGUGCCUUGACGAAUUGGAAAACCUUCUACGAAAAGUAGCCUUCGACCCCAAACAAGGAGACCAUUUGAUCUUCACAGGCGAUCUGAUCGCUAAGGGCCCCAAGAGUAUUGGAGUAGUUGACCUCGCACGCAAAUACCGCUCAUCCUGUGUCCGAGGAAAUAAUGAAGAUCGUACCCUUCUCGCCCGCCGCAAUAUCAAGGGUGUAUCGUCAAACAGGAAGAGUCGUUCCAUGAGUAACAAUGAAUUAGAUAAAGCCAGUGAAGACGUAACUAGUUCCAAGAACAGCGCUCUUGCGGCCGAAUUGAGCGAUGAGCAAGCAGAGUGGCUGGAUACGUGUCCAGUGAUUUUGAAGGUUGGAUCUAUCAAAGGCAUGGACGACGUCGUAGUCGUGCACGGUGGUCUCGUACCUGGCCUAGAACUGGAGAAACAAGAUCCCACUGCCGUCAUGUCUAUGCGGACUAUUGAUCUUUUGAGCCAUGCUCCCAGUUCGUCAUCCGAUGGCGUGCCCUGGACAAAGCUCUUCAAUAAAUAUCAAACCAUAUUGGCUCGAGCCCAAAAUUUGGCCCCGCCAGAAGAAAGCCUCCGCUAUGCACGCCCAACAACUGUAUUAUACGGCCACCAGCCGCACAGUUCUCCGUUGCUGAAAAAGUACACCAAAGGAUUAGACACCAACUGUGUCAGAGGUGGGAAACUUUCUGCAAUGAUCAUCGAGGAUGGCGGUAUUACCAGCAUCCAGAGCGUGAGGUGCAAAAAUUAUAUGACAAAAAUGAACCGACUAACGGACUGCAUCAAUCGCUUUUUAAAACUGUUGUAA